AUGUUUCCUACAGCCAGAUGCAUGGCUGCGAAGCCGGCCGGCUUCUUCAAGCGCAGCGCAGACGAGCUCAGUCGCCUCUCAAAAAUCGCUUGGAACACCGAAGGCCUUCAUACUCCUACGAAGCCGUAUACGAUGCUUGAUUUCGAAGAUGAGGCGUCGGUCGCGGGAUGCAAGACAAUGGCCGACCGUGCCGUCGGAGGAUUCAGCACAGCGAGCUUGGACUAUGUACCGGAAGACUCUACCUCGAACACACCUGGUCAUGCGAGAUUCCAUGGGAGUAUUUCGACAAAACUUCCUAACAACUGGAGGGUGGAGCGGACAGGAUACGCUGCGUUUCGGAACAGAGACCGAGGACUUUGGCUUUUUGGUAGAUUGUACUGGGAUGUUGACCCAUACGCCUACCUGGCCCUCCGUGUCAAGUCCGAUGGUCGACGCUAUACCGUGAACAUCCAAACCGACUCGAUCGUCGAGACCGAUAUCCACCAACACCGAUUGUACACGCGACACCACCGCGUUCAGAGCCGUCCUCCCUCUGACGAGCAUCUGUCACCACACACGUCAGCUGAGGCAUCAGAAUCAGCUGAGAUUGCUGAAUCUAAGUACCCCGAGGGCAUCCCUCCGUCACUGUCGGACAUCCCGCCCGAGUCGACCGUCAUGUCUUCCGCUUCAGCCACCACUUCCGGCUCGACAGGGUGGGAAACCAUCCUCCUGCCGUUUAACGCUUUCGUUCGCACAAAUCAUGGCUUUGUCAUGGAGCCACAGACCUCCCUGCUCCGUCAACGGGUGAAGAGUAUUGGAAUUGGUCUCACGGAUCGAGUCGAAGGGCCGUUCGACCUACGGAUUCAUCGCAUGUGGGCCACGAAUGGCAUUGGCGAGCAAGAAGCGGAAGAAGACAGACUGAUUUGCGGCGCAGAUGCACUGCCUGUCGACGAGGGUGUGCGGUCUGGUUGGACGGACAAGGGUGGUGUAGAAGAACAACAGCAGGAGAGGCCAAAAGUGAAAGGUCUUAAGGGACUCCGUUCGGAGUGGGACCAGUAAGGACAUGUCAUUACGAAUAAAAUUGUAUUAUAAUUUACCUUUUUUGGGGAUUGACAGAGAAAGUACUGUUGUACAACAUUUCUUCUUG